UGGAAAGACUGCAAUGUAGGGUAUGGGUUGGACGAAAAGAGCUGUGCUUGCGUCGGGGAAGUGUUUCUCGUGUCGGCGAGAGAAGAUUCACAGUUAGGCUCUUUUUUUAGUGCGUUCUCCCUCGUUUCCGCGGAUUCAGUUUUUAGAAAAGUCCUCGCUGACUGUUGUAGUCAGUGUAUUUUAGUAAAAAAAAACUACUGAUUUUGGCGGAAAAACUUCUCAAAAAACUGACUGCGAGUUUGGUGUUAGGUAUUAUAUGUCAGGAUGGCCCAGUGGAACCAGUUACAGCAGCUGGAGACCAGGUAUCUGGAGCAACUCUACCACUUGUACAGUGACAGCUUCCCCAUGGAGCUACGGCAGUUCCUCGCCCCCUGGAUAGAGAGCCAAGACUGGGCUUACGCUGCCAAUAAGGAAUCACAUGCCACACUGGUUUUCCACAACCUCUUGGGAGAAAUAGACCAGCAGUACAGCCGUUUCCUGCAGGAGAACAACGUUCUCUACCAGCAUAACCUGCGCAGGAUUAAACAACACCUGCAGAGCAAGUACUUGGAGAAGCCCAUGGAGAUUGCCCGCAUUGUCGCGCGCUGUUUGUGGGAAGAACAAAGGCUGCUGCAGACUGCCACCUCUGCUGCACAGGAUGGCCAGGCAGCGCAUCCUACUGGGACGGUGGUGACAGAGAAGCAGCAGAUACUGGAGCACAACCUCCAAGACAUCAGGAAGCGGGUGCAGGAUAUGGAACAGAAGAUGAAAAUGCUUGAGAACUUGCAAGACGACUUUGACUUCAAUUACAAGACCCUGAAAAGCCAAGGAGAGUUGUCCCAGGACCUGAAUGGAAAUAGCCAGGCAGCCGCCACCAGACAGAAGAUGGCUCAGCUCGAGCAGAUGCUGAGCGCCCUGGACCAGCUGAGGAGGCAAAUCGUGACAGAGAUGGGAGGCCUGCUGACUGCCAUGGACUACGUACAGAAGAACCUGACGGACGAAGAACUGGCAGACUGGAAGAGGAGACAGCAAAUCGCCUGCAUUGGAGGUCCGCCUAACAUCUGCCUCGAUCGCCUUGAAACAUGGAUCACAUCUUUGGCCGAGUCCCAGCUCCAGAUUCGCCAGCAGAUCAAGAAGCUGGAGGAGCUUCAGCAGAAGGUGUCCUACAAAGGAGACCCCAUCAUUCAGCACCGGCCCGCACUGGAGGAGAAGAUCGUGGACCUGUUCAGAAACCUCAUGAAGAGUGCGUUUGUGGUGGAAAGGCAGCCUUGUAUGCCCAUGCAUCCAGACAGACCUCUGGUCAUCAAGACAGGCGUGCAGUUCACUAAUAAAGUCAGGUUACUGGUAAAGUUUCCUGAACUCAACUACCAGCUGAAAAUUAAAGUUUGCAUUGACAAAGAAUCUGGGGAUGUGGCUGCAAUUCGAGGGUCACGAAAGUUCAACAUCCUGGGCACCAACACAAAAGUAAUGAACAUGGAGGAGUCUAACAAUGGCAGCCUGUCAGCAGAGUUUAAACACUUGACCUUGCGAGAACAGAGGUGUGGAAAUGGUGGUCGGACCAAUAGUGACGCCUCUCUGAUUGUCACAGAGGAGCUCCAUCUUAUUACUUUUGAGACAGAAGUCUAUCACCAAGGCCUGAAGAUAGAUCUGGAGACUCAUUCUCUGCCUGUGGUAGUCAUUUCUAACAUCUGCCAGAUGCCCAAUGCCUGGGCCUCCAUCCUCUGGUACAACAUGCUCACCAACCACCCAAAGAACGUGAACUUCUUCACCAAGCCUCCGGUGGGAACGUGGGACCAGGUGGCUGAGGUGUUGAGCUGGCAGUUCUCCUCUACCACCAAGAGAGGCCUGACCAUUGAACAGCUCACCACACUGGCUGAGAAGUUACUAGGGCCUUGUGUCAACUACUCUGGAUGUCAGAUCACCUGGGCCAAGUUCUGUAAGGAAAACAUGGCUGGUAAAGGCUUCUCCUUCUGGGUGUGGCUGGACAACAUUAUCGACCUGGUGAAGAAGUAUAUCCUCGCACUGUGGAAUGAAGGGUACAUCAUGGGAUUCAUCAGCAAGGAGCGGGAGAGAGCCAUUCUGAGUCCGAAACCUCCCGGCACUUUUCUUCUGCGCUUCAGUGAGAGCAGCAAGGAGGGGGGCAUUACAUUUACAUGGGUGGAGAAAGACAUCAGCGGAAAGACACAGAUCCAGUCCGUGGAGCCCUACACCAAGCAGCAGCUCAACAGCAUGUCCUUCGCCGACAUCAUCAUGGGCUACAAGAUCAUGGAUGCCACCAACAUCUUGGUUUCUCCGCUUGUUUUCCUCUACCCUGAAAUCCCCAAAGAGGAAGCUUUCGGGAAAUACUGCCGGCCAGAAGCGGCUCCCGAGCCUGAAAUGGGAGGAGAUUCAACAAGUACCAUCCAGCCGUACUUGAAGACGAAGUUCAUCUGCGUUACCCCGUGUCCCUCCGUGUUCAUGGACUUGCCGGACAGUGAGCUGCUUGGGAACGGAUUCCCAGGCACUAACUCUGGAAACACCAGUGACCUGUUCCCCAUGUCUCCUCGCACCCUCGACUCCCUGAUGCACAACGAAGCUGAAGCUAAUCAAGGACAUUUGGAUUCAAUCACUUUGGACAUGGAUGUAGCGUCACCUUUGUGAAAAAUUCUCUGACACCUUCGUUUUCCUUUUGUCUUCUGUUGGGAUUUGCUGUUGUGAUGUGACCGAGGAUUUAAUGGUGAUUUGUUUCUCUCUCUGUACACACAUUUUGCCUGUAUAGUUUAUUUUUUGUUCGUAUGUAAAAACAACUCACUUUGACACAAUAGGGAGGAUGAAUGAUAUUGGAAAGGUAUUCUUUUAACAAAGGAUUGUAAUGUCAGUGCGUACUGGCCUGUUGUAUUUUACGCAGCAUCCUGCUUCCACUUCUUCAUAAAUGUUUUUAAGUCUUUUAAAGCAUUUAAGCAUAUGGAAAUGUAUUUUUUGAGAACAUUGUAUUUUUCGUUAUAGACUAAAUGGUUGAUAAUUCACGUGUUCUUUUCUUUGAAUGAGGAAAUGUAGUGAAAGACAAAGUUGUAUAAGCUAUGAUGUUUUUCGAAUCGUACCAACUGGUUUUGAUGCAUUUGUCUUUUCCAGAUUGCCCCUGCCAAAUGUAAUGCCACAGUCGUUCCACCUUAUUGCGUUUAAAACGGAUUCUCUUGCCUUGUAGUUUAUACACAAAACGGAAAGUAGUAUUUUUCACAGCCAUGUGAUGUUUUAAAAUAUGGACGAAGGAUACAGACCAUUCAUGUCUGGCACUUGUUAGAUAAUUUUCCUUCAUAGUAUUGUCAUACAUGAUGUCAUUGCAAUGUAAAUUUGGUACAAUUCUUUUUUUUUUUUUGUCACUCCCAUUUAAAUACUGUUUGUUACCAUGUGAAUUGGAAAUAUGCAAUUUUAGUCCUUUUUCUUCUGCCUGAUAUAAUCAGUAAUGUAAUAUAAAUGAUUUUAUGAACAGUAUAGAUGAUUUACGGAGCACACAAUGAUGUCUGUAGCAGUCGACCUUAACAUUUCAUACAGUUGAGUAAACUCGAGUAAAGUUGACUAAAAUAAGCCACGUUCUUUCUUUGUCAUCCCGUGAGGAUGCCUCCCAUUGUUGAUUUCCCGACCUUGAUAUUGGCCUUGUCCAACUGGGCAGUAUUGUGUCGCCAAGCCCUGGUGCGAGGUCCACAGAUGGGAGGGUCGUGGAGUUGUUGUCAUUUUGGUGAAUUAGAAGUUUUCAAGAAACCCACCAUGUUGAAUAAGAGCAUAGCGCUUAAAAUGUAAAUAUACUUUUUUUUUUUUUCCUAUUUUUAUUAAUCACUCUCCAUCCGGUAGUGUUGACAUUUAUCGUUGUCUUUGAAACAGGAACUCUGUUUAAGCGGUCUGCGUUGGUCUAUAAAUAAAUAUAUACUUGUUGAGUA